AUGAGGCAGGCCCUCUUUCUCUCUGCUAUUCUUCCAAUCUUAGCACGAGGAGUUUUGGCAAAUACCUGCAAGGCCCGAGGCGCUUCUUCUACGGCUGCUGCCAACGCAGCUGACGCGACCUCUGUUGACGGAGAUGCCUCUUCAUCAGCCGCUGACAUAGGCGACGGUCUCUUCGCGAGUGGUGAUGCCAGUACUUCUGGAAAUGCGGCAGCCUCGGUUACAUCUGCAGUGGCAAGCGUUGUUACCAGUACUGGCCAAACUGCUGCUAGCGGCGGCGCCAGUGGAGACGCAGGCGACACCGAUAUAGCAGCGGCAGCCACAUCUGCGACGCUCGCAUUGUCUCUGGCUGCAAGUGACGCCGCCAACGCCACCUCGACUGCCUCGACUGCAGCAACUAGCGGCAGCGCAUCGGCAUCCAGCUCCGGUACCUCAACAGCCGACGACCCCAUGGGCACCCAAGUCGGUACCGAUCUAGUCCUCGGCGAAGCCUCUGAAGACUGCAAAUGCGGUUACAAGGUCUCCUCACUCAAUGAUCAGUACUUUCCCUACCAGUUCUCAUUCGCAUUCUCGUCGGUGGAUGAUGGUUCUGCAGACUCGUUGGCUGAUCAGAAGUGGGUGUUGAACGACGGAGACUUCGUUGGAGGAGCGGCGAAUGGCAAUAGGUGUUGGGGCAAGAAGGAUAAUCUCUAUAUUGAUGGAGGGAAUCUUGUUCUCAAAGUGCCGAAAGAUCAGACUGCGAGCCCGAAUAUGGAGUGUGCGGAGAUCGCUUUCGAGGAGACCAACAUCACUGGAGGCAUCUUCCAGACAACGGCGAUGCUUAGCGGAGUCGAUGGUACUUGCCAAGCUUUCUGGCUCAACCAUUCGAUCGCGACUCAGUACGCUGAUGAAGUCGACAUUGAGGUCAUUUCUUCCACUAUCGACACUGAUGGAAUCUGGUACAGCAACUGGCCUCCAAACGGUGAUCCUAACACCCCUGACGACUUGUCCUCUGCCCAUACCAAUGUCGUCGUGCCGGACAUUGAUAGCAGUGACCCAAGGAAGACUUAUAACAACUAUACAAUUGCUUGGCUCGACGAUUCGACCAACCGAUACUACAACGGCGCCAAGCAAGACUCUCCUACCGAUAAUCAGCCAGAGCAUAGUAUGAUGUUCGUGAUCAACAAUUGGUCGAACGGAGGUUCCGGCUGGACUCUAGGUCCGCCCACGGGAGAAGACUCGCUUCUCAAAGUCAAGAGCGUGUUGCUAUACUACAAGACCGCGGACAAAACCCAAAUGAGCGAUUUAGGAGGAGACUGUCAAGAGAGCGAUGUGUGUACAGUUUGA